GAUACUGUUAUGAAUGAAAAUUCUGAAGAGUGUGAUCAAGCCCACGAUAACUCAGACAGAUUCAACUCAGAAUCUUUAAAAUUGAGCGAUCUAUCCAACACUUUAAAUCAAAUACAAAAUAGCAAUGAUGAAAAAUCAAAGUUGAAUAUCAAAGUUGAAGAUCUUAGUCAAAGUUUUUGGUCAGAAGCUAUAAAAUUAGGCUAUUCUAGACUAAGCUGAGUUAAGAUUAAUGAGCUCAGCAAAAGAACUCAUCAUUCCUAUAGAGGACGGCGAAAGGAAACUUCCUAAAGAUUAUGAAGAAGAAAAAUAUUUACAGAAAGAUAUUGCUAGACUAAAAGUCAAAAAAUCAGCUCUUGAAGAAGAGAAAAAGGCGCUAAACACCAAGAUGAUCGAACUAGAUAAAGAACUUAAAAGAACACAAAGAGAUCUUGCUCUUGCUCUUGAAGAGAAUAAGCUUUUUGAACAAAGACUCACUUAUUCUCCAACCUACACCCAGAAAGAAUUUGCUGCUCUCUGCGGAUCUAUCGACAGCCCCGUUGAAAAAGAUCAAUUUAGGAAACCUCAUGAUAUUGAAUAUAAAGAAGGAGAUUCCUCCUUAGAAUUUAACCUAGACAAUCCUAAUUACUUGGAGUUGCUUAAGAAAGUUAAGAAAAGAAUUCCUAACUUUGAGCUCUUUCGUAUUUGGAACUUUGAACAUGGAACAUCUGGGCUCAUUAACAACUUUUUUAAGAAUUGUUUCCCAAAUAAGGUUCAAAUUUUGAAAUUUUCUGCCUCCUGGCUUUCCUAUGACAAGUCUAAGGAUUAUGACAUGGAAGGAUUAUUAGAAAUAGCACCAAGAGUUCAUAAAGCGCUAGAGAUUAGUGAAUUUAUCAUCAGCCAACAAAACCUUGGCAACCUUCUAUCAAAAUUCAAACAUGUGGAGCGAUUUAGAAUUCAUUGAUACAAAAUAUAUCUGCCCUCUGUUCCUGACCUCGAAGAAGCUCUUUGGGAUACUCAAAUUCAAAAACUAGAAUUAAUAUACCAAGAUCCAUGAUUGGCAUACAUCACUAAUUUUGAAAAAUUAAUCAAAGGUCUCUCCCAAAGCGAGGAUUUCAGGAAAAGUUUGAAAGAGAUUAAGGUGAGACACUUACUCUUGACUGAAGAAGAGAUCUCUUCUAUUCUAGAGGAAAAUGGAUUUGGAAAGGUGGAAAUUUAUGGUGCUUAUCCAAGGUUUGAGUGUGGUGAUGAAUGAAAAGGAGAAGAAACUUGAGAAUGAAAUGAAGAAGAAUGGUAUAAAAGCGACAUGGGAGGGCUAAUGGAUAGCUUUAAAUAUGAAGACAGAGUACCUAUUUGAGAAUCCGGAUAUUAUGUGAUUAGACCUUGGAGAUUUUUAAUGCUUUGAAAAUGAAAAAACUUCAUUUAAUAAAAAAUCUAAGUAUGAACGGAAAACAAACUUAUUUAGAAAAAAAAUU